UUUCCUUCCUCAGUUGCAUCUUAAGCCGGGGAGCCGGCGAGGACCCGGUCCAUCCAUCAUCUCCCGGGGUGUUGCAACCGGAGCAUGGCGCUGCCGAGGAUCUUGUGAACGGGAACCCACCCGUGAUCUUCCUUUCGGCGAGAAACAUGUGAGCUGCAAAGGGAGGAGAGAUGGAGAGCUGGAGGAGGACAUAUCUCUCGAGGACGGACAAUGAGCGAUGAUUUGGGCGCAUGGGAAAACGCGACGACGACGGGAGGUGUGACGACAGUGCCUGGCGAGGUGAAGACCCACGAUGGGUAUGUCCUGCUGCUGGUACUUCUCUCCAUCUUUAUCGGGGGGACCCUGGUGCUUCUGUUCGGCAUCCUGAUCGUCUGCCGGCGCUGCUGCGAGCCAGACCGGCGGCACUCCAGAGCCAGCGAUGACCCCGAAAAAACAAACACUACCUAUCUGGAUGACUCCCAGCCGGCUCAAGAUAUCACCAUUAAGGUGGAUGACCCCGAUUGCAUGUCGAGCUCCAGUUACCGAGACGCGGAGAGCGAGAGGUUCCUCUCUUCAGGAAGCGCCACGGGGCGACGGGUGUCCUUCAACGAGGCUGCCCUCUUCGAGCAGAGCAAGAAGACCCAGGAGAAAGGGAGGAGGUACACCCUGACCGAGGGAGACUUCCACCACCUGAAGAACGCCCGCCUCAGCCACCUGCCCUUGCCCCCGUCCGCCGCCCUCAAGAUCGUCACCAUCCACGAGUCCAACGAGAACAGCAUCGCCAUGACGCCCCGGCGGCCCCCAGCCAAGCCCAGCCUGGCCAUCUUCCAGCAUCCCUUGCCGGAGACGGCACUGACCAGCCAUGGAACCUGCUCCAGUUCUGCCUUGCCGGGAGACACCUAUAAUUCCACCGUCGAGGCUGGUUCCUCCGCUUCAUCGGACUCCGGCGAAGGCACCUCGUCCGACAGCGCCGACCAGAGUCCCAAGGGUGCUGGAGGGGGCGGUGCCGGGGAGCCCCCGCCGGCCCCUGCCCAGGGCACCGUCCUUCACUUCUUCACCCGUCUGCGUCGCCAUGCGAGCCUGGAGGGCGCCGGGCCCUACUUUCGGAUCAAGAAGUGGAAGCUGGAGACGAGCCAGAGAGCUUCUAGCCUGGACACGCGAGGUGGGUAA